AUGGCUUCUUAUACAUCCUAUCAAACAAAUUUUAGCAAUAACAAAAACGACUAUUCUAACCAUGAUGGCGGUAGUGGUGGUUUCAAUGCCUCUCAAUCAGCUCACUCAAACUCACAGUCAAAAUCUUAUGGAAAACUAACCAUCACUCCAAUAACUUUAAAACAACUAAACGAAUCAGAACAAAAAGUCCCUGAUGGCGAAUAUCUCAUAAAUAACAUUGAACUAUCCGUAAUCUCAAUCAUUGGUAUAAUCAGAAACAUAACUGAUAACACCUCAAACCUAAUCAUUAAAAUCGAAGAUGGCACAGGCUCCUUUGAAUUCAAAAAAUGGCAAAACGAUAAUUCAGACUCAAAUCCAAAUUCUGAUUUAAACAAACCUGACGAUUUUCAAGUUGGAGAAUACAUUCAUAUAAAUGGCACACUAAGAGAUUUCAAUUCAAAAAAAACUUUACAACACCCAAUAAUUAAAAAAAUUGAUGAUUAUAAUCAAGUCCUAUACCAUUAUUUAGAAUGUUGCAAAGUUCAUUUAUCAGCUCAAAAUAAUGUUCAUAAUGAAAACGACUAUAAUCACAAUAAAAAUCUUAAUAAUGAUAAUUUAUUCAUAUCAGACUCCCAAAAUAUCAACGAUAACAGUCUGUCUCUCGAUGAUAGAGUUUAUAAUAUAGUUCUACAAAAUGUUUCUAGAAUGCAAGAAGGUGUUCCAGUACAAUAUAUUAGUCAACAAUUGGGCGAACCCUUUGAAAAAAUUUCAAUGAUAUGCUCUAAAUUAAGUGAUGAAGGUAGAAUUUUCAACGCUGAUGACGAUAGUUAUUUAGCGGCAUGA